UCGUUUUCUUCCAAAAUUUUAAAAAAAAUUCAAAAAAUUUGAGUUAACAUAAUUCUACAACCUGUCAUGAUGAACCAAUAAAUUUAAAAGCAUAACGUGAGAUGGAAUUUCAUUAUGGAUUCCAUAGAUGAAGCAAUAACAUAUGAUGAUUUUGAGCAAAGGUAUUUUAAAACACACGAAUCAUUGGACUUCGAUUUUUCCACAACUUCAAUCAUAACACAAAAUCUUACCGCACAAUAUCAGGUUAAACCCAAUUCUGAUUCGGAAAACGAAGAUGUAAAAUCUAAAAACUCACAUGUUCCAAGGAAACAUGAAGCCAAUAAUAAUUCUUUAAACUGUCAUAGUGAACCAUCACAUUUAAGUAUACAAUGUCAGCUGAAAUCCAGGUUUAAUUGGAAAAGUGAAGAAGUAAUGUUCGGAAGUUCAAGUAAUUCUUCGGUUCAAGAAGAACAUGAAAACUAUGAUAAUUCUUUAAUCAGUUAUAAUGAACAAUUAAAUUUUAAUACGCAACACGAGAUGCAACCCAGCUUUCAAACGUCAUUUGCUAAUUCUUCGAUUCAAGAAAAACAUGAAAGCAAAAAUAAUUCUUUAACCAGUUAUAAUGGACCAACAAAUUUAAAUACACAACGUCACUUGACAUCCAGUUCUAAUUCGAAAGGUGAAGAAGUAAUAUCCGGCUGCUUAAGUAAUUCUUCGGUUCAAGAAGAACGUGAAUACAAUGAUAAUUCUUUAACCAGUUAUAGUGAACAAAUAAAUUUAAAUACACAACAUCCCAUUCAAUACAGAUGUAAUUUGGAAGAAAAAGAAAUUAUAUCAGAAAGCUCAACAAAUUCUUCUACUCAAGAACAAUUUACUUUUGACAGAUUUCAAUUCGAAUAUAGCUUUAUAAUUGGCAAUUUUUUGAAAUUUAUAAAAAAAAAUGCAAGUUUAGUUAUUAAAUUGAUAACAGAAAAUAUAAAACUAAUUAUUGAGAAUACCAAAUUAAAAAACUCACAUUUAAUGGAAAAUAAACAUCAAGGUGAUAAAACAAAUGAUUGCACUGCUAAGAGAAAUGACGCUAUAAAUUAUAUGGAAAGUAACACUGCACUUACAAUGGUAAAUUCAAUUGAAAAAGUUAAAACAAAAAAACGCAAACAAACAGAUGACACCAACGAUGGAACAUGUACCAAGAGAACUUUAUUAACAACUUCAAAAAAAGUUUCAGAUUUGAAAUCCUUUGGCAAAGAAAAUAACAAUAAGGACAAUGAAAUUUCAGAUUCAGAACUUUACGAAAAACAUAUUUAUCACUUACAAAAAUUUCUUUCUGAUAAAUACGUUGAUGUCAUCGACCGCCUAAAAUUAAAUUAUAUUCCAAAUUGCGUGCGUGACUUAUUGUUUUGUAAAAAUAACCACUCAAAAAAUUGUCCUGGUCCACCUAUUAUAUCAAAAAUGUUUACAUAUCGCAUAAAUCAGUUUUUAAUAGAAAAACGUCCUCUAAAUUAUAUAAAAAUUUGUAACAGUAUAAUGCAACAAGGAAUAAUACCGGAUGAGAAUAUAUUUAAUUCAAUAUUUCAAUUAAUAAUUUCUUAUGGAUUUGAAGACGAAAUUUUGCAUUACACCAAUGAGUAUCUCAUAAAUGAAUCUAAGUUGACUUUAAUCAAUUUCAUUAAUUUAUUCCCACCCUGUUGGAAGGGUAAUCGCAAUAUCUAUUUAAAUUUUUGUACAAAUCCUGUUGAUCAAACUAAAUACUUACCAGAGAAUAGUGAUCCAGUUGAAAAAAGAAAUAUGUUCUUAUUUAUAGUAUACAUGAUUGAAAAAGUCGCUAAAGAAGAAGAAGAAACAUUAGAAACCAGUGUUCCUGAAUCUGAAAUCAUACUUAACUUUAAUGAAUGGGAAAGAAAAAAUUCAAAAUGUAAUAAUAUGAACGCCUUUACUAGAGAAGAAAAAUUAAAUCGUUUAUUCUUAAGUCUGGACAUAUUUGUGAAAAUUUUUGAAACCGAUUUGUCAUUAUGGAUUUUAAGAUAUUUGUCAAACCCCUAUAAACAUUUAUUUACAUGUGAUAAACCUUUAAUUGUUGCAGCUCUUUUAAUUAAAGAAUCUAAUUUUAUGUCAGAUCAUAUUUUAAAAAUAAUUGAAUUAUUUGUCAGUUUAAUAUUAAAUAACUAUCCAAAAUUUCAGAUUAUAGUUUUUAAGCGACUUCUAUCACUUAUUUAUGUUGUAAUAAAUUUAGCUGAUGCUGAGGAAAAUGCCAUUAAAUUUCCAAAUUUCAAAUUAAAGUCGAAGACAAUGCAAUUUUCAAAGCAGAUAUUUGAUUCGCUUGCAGGUGAAUUGAAUUUUAUUAAAUUCUUCAAAAUAUAUAACCACAUUGAAAUACCUCUAGUUCGUUUGUUGAUUAUCGAUCACUUUAUAAAGAAGUUAGACAAAGACAAAACAGCAGCAACAGAUUAUUUAAAUCCAAAACUUAUUUUCGAACGAUUUAGAAAACUUCUUUGGCAAAAAUAUGAAAUAUCAUCAACACCAAUAAAUUAUUUAAAUGAAAAAAUUAUUAACAUUCCGUAUGAAGAAAAAUUCCCGAACUAUCCUAAAAUUGAAAAUAAAAUAUUAGAAAUACCAGUAUUAAAAAUUUAUAGAGAGCAGUACCUUUAUUUAUAUUUAGAGGCUUUGAAAGCAUAUUGUGACGCAUUUUUUACUAAAAACUUUCUAUUAAUAUUAAUGGAUUGCAAUACAAUAAAGCCAACAAUAGUUUUAACUAAGGAGAUAGAACCAAAAAAAAUUACAAAAAAAUUUAAACUGGAAAAAUUAGAAAAAGAUGCUUCAAAACUUUUAAUGGGAAUUGAUUUAGAUAAAGCAUUUGGCAACUCGAGCUCAAAUGAAAUACCAGAGUAUGGUGUCGAUGUUACUUACGAGAUAAUUGUACAAUAUCGAAGCGAUUAUAAAUAUUUAUCGCUAUUAAAAAAAAAUUUGCCAAUUAUGAUACAGAAAUUUGGUAAAGAAUUUGAUAUUUUUACUGAAUUCAUCGAAUAUUGCUUUACACCAGAAUAAAAAGUUUCUGUGUACCUACCUACCUAUUUUAAAAGAACAAAAAAAUUAAUUGUUGUGGAGUUUUUUAUUUCAUGUUUUUUAAAAUUAUUUUGUUUUUGUUUGUAUGAUUUAUUAAAUUAAAAAUAAAUAAACCAAUUUAAAU